AUGGAGGGCGGCGGGGCCCAGCCCAGCCUGCAGCUGGUGUACCAGGCCGUGCAGGCCCUCUACCAUGACCCCGACCCCAGCGGCAAGGAGCGGGCCAGCUGCUGGCUGGGCGAGCUGCAGCGCUCGGUGCACGCCUGGGAGAUCUCAGACCAGCUCCUGCAGAUCAGGCAGGAUGUGGAGUCGUGCUACUUUGCAGCACAGACGAUGAAGAUGAAGAUCCAGACCUCAUUCUACGAGCUCCCCACCGACUCGCACGCGUCCCUGCGUGAUUCUUUGCUGUCCCACAUCCAGAACUUGAAGGAUCUCUCGCCGGUCAUCGUCACCCAGCUCGCUUUAGCAAUAGCAGACCUCGCCCUGCAGAUGGCUUCUUGGAAGGGCUGCGUGCAGACGCUGGUCGAAAAGUACAGCAAUGAUGUCACCUCACUGCCCUUCCUGCUGGAAAUCCUCACGGUGCUGCCCGAGGAGGUGCACAGCCGCUCGCUGCGCAUCGGCGCCAACCGCCGCACCGAGAUCAUCGAGGACUUGGCCUACUACUCCAGCACUGUUGUCUCACUGCUGAUGACAUGUGUGGAGAAAGCAGGCAACGAUGAGAAGAUGCUCAUCAAAAUCUUCCGGUGCCUGGGGAGUUGGUUCAACCUGGGGGUCCUGGACAGCACCUUCAUGGCCAACAGCAAGUUGCUGUCGCUCCUUUUUGAGGUGCUGCAACAAGACAAGACUUCCUCCAACCUGCACGAGGCUGCCUCAGACUGCGUCUGCUCGGCGCUUUACGCCAUUGAGAAUGUGGAGACCAACUUGCCCCUGGCCCUGCAGCUCUUCCAGGGGGUCCUUACCCUCGAGAGUGCCUACCACAUGGCCGUGGCACGAGAGGACCUGGACAAGGUGCUCAACUACUGCCGCGUGUUCACCGAGCUCUGCGAGACCUUCCUGGACAAGAUUGUCUGCACGCCUGGCCAGGGGCUGGGCGACCUGCGGACGCUGGAGCUGCUGCUGAUCUGUGCAGGGCACCCGCAGUACGAGGUGGUCGAAAUCUCCUUUAACUUCUGGUACCGCCUGGGGGAGCACCUGUACAAGACGGAGGAUGCCGUCAUCCAUAGCAUCUUCAAAGCCUACAUCCAACGCCUGCUGCACGCCCUGGCCCGGCACUGCCAGCUCGACUCAGACCACGAGGGCGUCCCAGAGGAGACAGAUGACUUCGGCGAGUUCCGGAUGCGCGUCUCAGACCUGGUCAAGGACCUCAUCUUCCUGGUGGGCUCGGUGGAGUGCUUCGCACAGCUCUAUGCAACACUGAAAGAUGGCAAUCCACCCUGGGAGGUGACGGAGGCUGUCCUCUUCAUCAUGGCCUCCAUCGCCAAGAGCGUUGACCAGGAGAACAACCCGACGCUGGUGGAGGUUCUGGAGGGAGUGGUGCGUCUCCCUGAGACAGUGCACACGGCCGUGCGCUACACCAGCAUCGAGCUGGUGGGCGAGAUGAGCGAAGUGGUGGACAGGAACCCACAGUUCCUGGACCCUGUGCUGGGCUACCUGAUGAAGGGGCUGUGUGACCGGCGGUUGGCUUCGGCCGCAGCCAAGGCCAUCCACAACAUCUGCUCGGUGUGCCGCGACCACAUGGCGCAGCACUUCACCGGGCUGCUGGAGAUCGCCCGCUCCCUCGACUCCUUCACGUUGUCCCCGGAGGCUGCAGUUGGGCUCCUCAAGGGGACGGCGUUGGUCCUCGCCAGGCUGCCCCUGGAGAAGAUCGCUGAGUGCCUGAGCGAGCUGUGCGCCGUGCAAGUGCUCGCCCUGAAGAAGCUGCUCUCACAGGAGCCGAGCAAUGGGCUCUCCUCCGACCCCACUGUGCCCCUGGACCGCCUCGCUGUCAUCUUCAGGCACACCAACCCCAUUGUGGAGAACGGGCAGAUCCACCCGUGCCAAAAAGUCAUCCAGGAGAUCUGGCCCGUGCUUUCUGAGACCCUGAACAAGCACAGCGCCGAUAACCGCAUCGUGGAGCGCUGCUGCCGCUGCCUGCGCUUCGCCGUGCGCUGCGUGGGGAAGGGCUCUGCUGCACUGCUGCAGCCCCUGGUCACACAGAUGGUGAGCGUGUACCGGGCGCACCAGCACUCGUGCUUCCUGUACCUGGGCAGCAUCCUGGUGGAUGAGUAUGGGAUGGAGGAGGGCUGUCGGCAGGGGCUGCUCGACAUGCUGCAGGCUCUCUGCAUCCCCACCUUCCAGCUCCUCGAGCAGCCCAGUGGCCUCCAGAACCAUCCCGACACCGUGGAUGACCUUUUCCGCCUCGCAGCCAGGUACCUUUGUCCCCAUAUCUCUGCAUCCCCAUAUACACAUGUCCCCAUGUCUCUGAAUCCACACAUCCCCGUGUUUCCAUAUCUCCGUGUUCCUGCAUCCCUGUGUGAUCUACAUUUCUGCAUCUGCAUGUCUCCAAGUCCUUCGUGUCCCUCUGUCCCUGCAUUUUCUUGUUCCCAAGUCCUCUGUGUCCCCGUGUCUAACUCUUCCUGCAUGCCCAUGUCCCCAGAUCCUCUCUGUCCCCGUGUCCCUGCAUCCCCAUGUCCCCCAUUCCCCGCGUCCCGAUGUCCCCAUGUCCUCCUUGUCCCCCUGUCCCCAUGUGACAUCCCCAUAACACGCUGUCAUCACAUCCCCCU